UUUGAUUCAUUAUGCCGCAAAGAGACCCACCGCUACUGGUGUGAUAUAAAGGAUUCCGGUCUUGCAUAGGGAUUGUACCGGAGUGUGUUUUGUCUGUGUUUUCGUUCAUCUAAUAUCGGAUAGUAUACACUGUCCAUCGUCGUACAUAUAACACGCUCUCAUUUAUUUACCAUGGUUUCUCUACGUGUUUUAACGUUAUUGGUCGUGAUAGUGGCCAGCUGCCAGGCCGCCAACUUAAGGAAAAGUAUUAAGGCGCAGCCGGCAAAUGAUGAUGCCGCGCAGGAUGCUGUUGCGGCGGAAUCCCGCUCAGAUUCUCAAGAUACUGACGCCGUAGCGGCGGCCACAUCCAACGAUGAUUCCUAUGAUCAUGAGCAGGCGGCUAGUGAUUAUGGUGGGGGUUACGGUGGCGGCGGAUACGGUGGCGGUUAUGGAGGCGGCGGCGGCGGAGGGUACGGCGGAGGGUAUGGCUCCCAGACCGGUCCUGGUUAUUACGGACCCGAGUCGUAUGGCGAUUAUGGAUAUGGUUUUGAAUGCGCUGGAAAGAAGCCGGCAUUUUACGGUGACAGCAAGCAGGACUGCAAAGUGUUCUACAUCUGCCAGUCGGACGGACGAACGGACACUUUCCGCUGCCCGAAAUGGACACGCUUUAAUAACUACCUUGGUAUCUGCGACUGGCAUUUUAAGGUUGACAAUGGUUGCAAUCCUUUGGACACUUAUGAGCAAAGUUACGGAAAUAACUAUGGAGGCGGUUACAGUGGCGGAAACUCAUACGGCGGUGGCGGUUACUCCAAAGGAGGAUACCGAAAGUGAUAAACUGGUUUUGUAACGUUUUGUUUCUGUGUGUUGCUUUGCACAGUGGAUUUGAUGCUGUUUUUUUCCGCACUUUUCGCGAAAAACCUGUUCAAGUACUUAAGUAAUGAUGGGCACAAAAAAUGAGAACGAUGAGCACGGCACAAGCUGGAUCAAACAAGAACAAAGGCCAGGCGAAAAUAACAAACAAUAAUGAAGAGCUGGUGG